AUUAAUCUCUUCACUAUACACCCCAGUCUAUUAAUUUCUUAACAAUUCCACAUAUCUAAUUAAAUCCUAAAUGACGUUUACUAAACCAUUAAUCGCGUUUCACUGUACCACGUUUAGAUUAAUCUACUUGUAAAACGUUGACCACACUUUAAUUAGACCUUCUUAGUGAGAAAGAGGGUUUCAAAUUAAACCCUAAAUAUUUCUUUUGUCAAAUCGUUUUGAUUCACUUCUUCUCGUUUUGGUUCGUUGUUGUUAAAGCCAAUCAGCCAUCUUCGGAAGUUUUAGAGAUUAGAGUCAUCGCCGUGAUUUUUCUCCAGGGAUUGCAGCAACUUAUUAAAGGAAUUAAAGGAAAACGUAGGGAUUGCGGCAACUCCGAAAGAAAUGACUGACGAAGUAGAAAUUGAUCCAGAGGAUAUGCUUUAUAAUGAGAGUGAUGAGUCUAGUGAUGAAGAGAGUGACAAAAGACGUGAUGAGGAGGGUGACAAAGGACGUGAUGAGGAGGGUGACAAAGGGAGUGAUGAAUCUAGUAAUGAAGAGAGUGAUAAUGUGAUUGCAGAUGAAGAAGAACAUGAAGAUAAUGGGGAAAAGAAGACUAGAAAAGGUAAAAAGAAGGAAGAGGAGAGUGAAGAUGUAUUGGAGCGUGAUGAGUAUGAAGUGCAGGAAUCAGUAGCCAAAUUUGUUGAUGAGAUUAGAAUUGCCCGAAAUACAAUCCCAGAAAGCUCAGAUGAAGAUGAGGAUCCGAUUGUGGUGAGAGAUAGAAGAAUCAAAAGGGGAAGAGGAAGUGAUAGAUUCGCAAUUGGAGAUGCUUUCUUAACCGGUGUUGAGUUCAAAGAAGCUAUUUUGGACUACGCAUUGAAAACAGGACAGAAUGUGGUUCAAGAAAGGUGGGAGAAGGACAAAAUUUCGUUUAAAUGUGGGAUGAAUGGAAAAUGCUUGUGGAGGGUUUAUUGCUCUUAUGAUGAGCCGAGGCAACUGUAUUUGGUGAAGACAGUUUAUGCAUG